AAUUAAACUUACCGUGGCGCUGCUGGUAUUCGAUUCAUCGACGACAUCAAGUAGGGCCUUUCGCUACAGUCGGCGUUCUCAUUUAUCUAUUGGUCUGGAUCGAAUACGAAUAUGGAAAACAAAAACAAAAACGUAAGCAUCGUAGACGAAAAUGGGAAUCCUGGUAAGCGGCCCUUAAGCAUGCUAAGAAAUUUUGAAGAAGAAGAAGAAACAACACUUGAUUCUGGAAACGCUAAAAAGCAGCAAAAAGAGCAACCAUCUGGGACAAUGAAGAAUUAUAUUGUUUUUUCAAAUGGACAAAAACUAGAAAUUCGUGGCACUAUUUGUGGUGCUGUCAAUCUGGAUCUACAGUUUGAUUGUGCGAAACCAUUAGAUGCUAAUCCGAGCUCCACACAAACACAGCAAACUAUUUUUUUAAAAACUGCUGGAGCUACUCCAUGUACUACCAAACCUGUACAACAGCCAUUAGAUGUUAAAAAGUCUGCUGGAAAACCAGAUCCCGUCACACAUACACAGCAAACUAUUUUUUUAAAGACUGCUGGAGCUACUCCAAGUACUAGCAAACCUGUACAACAGCCAUUAGAUGUUAAAAAGUCUGCUGGAAAGCCACAUCCCGUUACACAAACACAGCAAACUAUUUUUUUAAAGACUGCUGGAGCUACUCCAAGUACUAGCAAACCUGUACAACAGCCAUUAGAUGUUAAAAAGUCUGCUGGAAAGCCACAUCCCGUUACACAAACACAGCAAACUAUUUUUUUAAAGACUGCUGGAGCUACGCCGAGUUAUAGUAAAUCAAUCCAACAAACGUCUUUGGAAACGUCAGGAGAUAUUAUGGAGUAUAGCAAACUAAAACAGCAUUCCAAAACAUCUUACGCUACUCCGGGUCCGAGCAAACCGAGUCUGCAAAUGGUUAAUACCGAACUAUCUGGUGGUUUGCUUGAUCCCGACGAUACUCCAUUCUUAAUCACCAAGAACAUAUUACGACAGCUUAUUCGUGAUGAAGUUACUAGCGUAUUCCAGGAACAAAGGGAUAGUUUCAUGGAACCAAUGUUUCGACGCAUGGCCGGAAUGGAAGCGACUUUUGCUUCACUGUAUAAUCAAAUCUCGUCACAGACCAAUCAAACGAAUGUUGAUCCAAAAGUGUUGGAAAAUUUCGAGUUUGAUACCAUCGACAGUGGCGAAGCAUUGACUGAACUUGACGAGCGACUUAAAAACGAUGAUCAGUAUAAAAAUACGUUUGUUUCAUGGGUUCAAAGGUACAUUAACGUGCCAAUAAGUACAAAAAGGAUGUCGAAACUGCUCAAAGCGUUAUUUACACCCAAAUUUCUUUGCCUUCUGACAUGGAGUGGAAGAGGAAAAAGAGCAAUGUACACUUUGUCAAAUUAUAAAGGAAUAAUAGACUUGUUUAAAACUGUAGGAAGUACUGAACUUUCCAAAGUAGGGGACCGUGAAGUUGCAGAUUUCUUCAUCCUUAAAUUGAGAUACGCUACAUACUAUCUAAGCCGGCAGGAAUGCAACCAAACAAAUAGUUGAGGAAUCUUUAAGUUUAAUUGAGGUUUAAAAGCCUUUG